AUUAUUGCAUUCCAUCUUGUUCUUUGUUUAGACAGGAAGCAGGUUGUUCCUUCUUAUCCCAAUACAAACUGGCCAGGUUUCUUUGUCAGCUCCUAAAGCUCUCUCCUUUUACUUUCCCUGGAGGUUUCUUUCUUCCUUCUUGUGUUUCUGUCGAUCAAGAUCAAAAUUUUGAGUUCAAUGGCAAGACCCGGGAACAAGAUUGUACAAGCCAAGCUGGUGGGUGCUUCUGGGGGACAUGGGAACCGGGAAAACAAGUUUGGUUCUCAGAUUCGUAAAAGGCCAAUUCGUGGAUCACCAGGAACCGACUAUAGGAGCUGCAUUUUUCACCCAAAUUUUGUCCUUGGACGAAGCAACUGUAAAGUUUGACAUAUGGGACACGGCGGGACAAGAACGAUAUCACAGCUUGGCUCCUAUGUAUUAUCGUGGCGCGGCUGCAGCUAUAGUCGUUUAUGACAUCUCAAGCAUGGAUACAUUCACUCGGGCUAAAAAAUGGGUUCAGGAGGUACAAAGACAAGGAAAUCCAAACGUCGUGAUGGCAUUAGUCGCGAACAAGUGUGACCUAGACCCAAAGAGAGAAGUACAGAAAGAGGAUGGGGAGCAAUAUGCUCAGGAGAAUGGGAUGUUCUUCACGGAAACGUCCGCAAAAACUGCACAAAACGUGAACGAGCUUUUCCAUGAGAUAGCGAAGAAACUGGCAAAAGCUUCACCUUCAAGACCAAGAGGGAUGACUCUGAACAGUGAACCACAAGAUGGGCGAAGUAAACUUCUUUGCUGUUUAGGUUGACGUCCCAAUUACUUGGAAGGUCCUGAGGUGACCAAAAACAACUACCAAUCUUUCACUAUGUCCAUGCCAUGUAUAUGUAUCCUCCAACCUUAAUUUGUGUUCUGUCCCAUUGUUAAUCCCCAAAACAUCUACUUGAGAUGGAUGGUGCUCUGAACAAAUUCCAGCAGCAAUCAAAAUGUCCAUGAUAGUCAGACUCUUCAGACUC